AUGGAAGAAAUUACGCAUGCACAACUUUCUUACGAUGCUCAGCAUCAGCCACAGUAUAUUGUACACCACAUCCAAUAUGGCACCCCUUCGAAUUUUACCCAAACAGUGAACAAAGCUUUAUUACAAGAAGGUGCGAAUUUAGUGAAACAAGUCAGAACCGAGGAGAUCUGGCAUAAUGUAGAAAUAAAGGCCGGGUACCAUACACCCGCAUUAAUCAUCUCUUCCCGAAUUGUCACUCUUUCCCAACCUCCGCCUCAAGCUACUAUAUAUCAGGCCGCUCCUGCAGUCACGAAGACACUUAGAGACUGGCUUGAACCACCAACGGACGAGGAAAUUUACGCUUUGGACGACUUAGAAGAAUUCGAAUCUACUGAUCUCAGUGGCUUGCUUUGCAUUACCUAUGAUAACGGGUCGCAAUUUCAAGGAAAGAAACGGUGUCUUCCAUUGGAUUCGGAGCACUCGGAAGAUUUCGACCAAGACAAGCCCAGUAGGAAAAUUCUUCGCCUCGAUAGUGACUCUCUGCUCCGUGUUAUACCGCAGCCGCAUAUACAACUCUCCAAUUCCUUCAUACCUCCUAGAUUUGACGCUAUACAAGCCUACGACAGAACACAAACAAUCUUCUUACCUCCUUAUACAGGCCCCCUUCCGUCUACAAACGAUGAUUUCAGCCGCAGAGCCUGGAUCAUCCCUGCUCGAGGCUAUUUGCCUUCUGCUUGGAGUGAAUCGGGCGCAAGCUCAGCUGUCGUUCUUGAUCCGGAAGAGCCUGGCUCUUCUUUGGAAAUGACAACCACAGGCUCGACAAUAAAAUGGUCUCAUUUCGCCUUGAAGGAGUUUUGGAAAUAUUUGAAUACACUCAGAGAUUUAAAAAAACUUGGGUCGCUCGGAAUAUCUUUCCAACCUGCUCAAAGUGCUUCAUUGCGACUCAGGAGGGAGAAGGAAAAUUUAUCAUCAUUGGGCUCGCCCGAUGCACAUCAAUUGCAGGGGCUCCAUGUAGCCGAGUCGUUGUCGCAGUCUCUCCAAUCAAGUACACCUUCUGGGGCCAGCUCGUCGCUGCGCGAUUGCGACUACUUCAAAGUGUAUCACGACGCGAAAAUUUCGAUGCAUCUCAGACGUGCCCUGGAUUUGUUUACCUUCCGCUUGGGUGCUAACGAGGAACAAUCCGUCCACCUGGAGCAGUUCGAGAAAGCCGAGUUCUUCGAACAAUCUAGGGAGUCUGGAGUGACCUCAUCACCGAGCUCAGUACAUUCAAAAGAGACAGAGAACCCGGAAGGCGAAGGUAGACCCAAAAGGAAGAAACCCAAGUACUGCUUACUCAGGGGAGCAAGGUUGGUUUUGGUGGAUGAGAGGUCGAGAGGGGUGUUGAUUGCUUGA